AACGAUGACAUGAAGGGAAAAGAUCCAUACAACGAGGGAAUCAAGUAUAAGGAUAUCUUCAAGAGUGGUGACAAACGCCCGUCCGGCGCACCCAAGCAAGGGUUCCUCUCCGGUGACUUCCCGAAGAGAGAUGAAUACACCAACAACAUGAGAACCGAACAGCUCCGAGAAACUCUCAAGCGAGAAAACAAAAUCCAUCAGCUCAUCCGAGCCAAGACUGCGAACUUAGAGACUUCAGAGCAAUCACUUAAGACGUACGGUAUGAGGAAGGUCAACCUCUUCGACCUCGUGUUUAGGAUGCCUCAGCCCUCCUUCCGGCUGAAGCGCGACGACAGGCAAGGGAAGUUCUUCUACAUGGCAGAAAGACGAAAACAACAGCAGGAGGAUAGCGGAAACGUGAAAAAGAAACGGCCAGAUGAAGGGAAGAGAUGGGUUUCAGUGGGGUUACCAAACGGCAAGGAAUUCGAAGUGCUGGUAGAAAGUAACAAGAUCAUUGCUACUAAACGGCCAUCCACAGCACACAUUUGACGCUGCUAUGGUUGACAGUAUGACGUUGAAAAGAAGGAGAAAGGUCAACGCCUUGAGAGGCAGAGAUAAAGGUUAACCGCCAGGAUGAAAGGCAAGAUGCGGGGCAUUGCGAAACGUGAAGUGAUGAAGUAUUCAACUGUGUGCGUUGCUCACUGAAAGGACAAACAUGCUAAACAGAGACAUUUACAUAAUCGUGAAAAACAAAAAGACAAGAGAAUGAAGUGAUAAAUUACAA